CCGACAGUGACAAAGUUUCCCUAUUGCGCGCGUAUUACUGCGCGUCAGGAACAGCAGCUCUGCAUCUUACUGCAGUAUUUCCCUUCCAGCGCGUUUACUCUGGCAUCCAGCACGGAGACAUGGACUCGGACCUGGUGGACAUGUUGAGAGAGGAUAAGUGCGUGUCUGAGUGUGAGCUGAACGCGUCUGUGAGCAGCGAGGCAGAUCCGCGCAAUGUGCCGCCUGAGCGCAUGUCGCCUCUGUUGCCGGUUAUAACCGCCGUUUACUUCGUAGUGUUCGUGGUGGGGCUGGCGGGGAACUGCCUCGUUAUGUAUGUCAUUAUCAGAUACACCAAAAUGAAGACGGCAACCAACAUCUACAUUUUCAACCUGGCUUUGGCUGAUGCUUUGGUUACCACCACGAUGCCAUUUCAGAGUGCAGACUACUUGUUAAACUCAUGGCCAUUUGGUGAAAUAGUGUGCAAAGUCUUCAUCUCCAUCGACUACUACAACAUGUUUACGAGCAUUUUCACACUAACCAUGAUGAGCGUGGACCGUUAUGUGGCUGUGUGCCAUCCUGUCAAGGCACUAGAUUUCCGCACACCACUCAUGGCUAAGACCAUCAACGUGGGCAUUUGGGUGUUGUCCUCAGCAGCAGGAAUACCAGCCAUGGUGCUGGGGGGAACACAGACCAAUAAUGGCACCACAGAGUGUGCCCUGCAGUUUCCUGACCCUUACGAAUACUGGGACACUCUAAUGAAGAUCUGUGUGUUCGUCUUUGCUUUUGUUGCUCCCGUCCUCAUCAUUAGCAUCUGCUACUCUCUCAUGCUGCUUCGACUGCGUAGUGUCCGCUUGCUUUCUGGUUCUCGAGAGAAAGACCGCAACCUUCGCCGCAUCACUCGUUUGGUCCUAGUGGUUGUGGCAGCUUUUAUCAUUUGCUGGACCCCUAUUCAUAUCUUCAUUCUUCUGAAAGCUGUAGUGGCUAUUCCUGAGACCACACCACUAAUGGCUGCCUAUUUUCUGUGUGUUGCUCUUGGUUACACCAACAGCAGCCUCAACCCUAUCCUCUACGCUUUUCUAGACGAGAAUUUUAAGAGGUGCUUCAAGGACUUCUGUUUGCCAGCAAGGCGAAAGGGAGAUAGAGGGGUUGGAGGGAGCAGACUAGGGAGGAUUGCAUCUAGGCAGUCUCCCCAGGCUGCAGAGAAUGCCCCAAGGACAGCAAAGCCAGCAUGACUAGCCGUGGAAUUGUCCUUCAUCACACAAUCGGGAAAGGAGGACUCUAACACAAUGGGACUGACGCAGGUCUCUUCUGCACUCUGAUCAUAAUACAGCUUGCAGUUGGUGUGAAUGUUGGUGUGACUAUGUCACUCAAAGAGAAAGAGCUCUGUGACAAGACUUGCUAUAUUACACCCUGAAUAUAGUGUGAUGAUGUGAGAGCCUACUGAAGUCUGCUGAGAAUUCUACAAUCAACUGCCAAUGGCUUUGUUUCGGUGUAAUGGAUGUAUACAUGUAAAUAUGCUUUAGUUCUGCUGACCCUUACAAAGUGCAGCUAACAACAUUUGAUUUAUCUCUGAUAUCUCACAUUCAGAGACCCAAGCAUUCAUAUACUAAUGCAUUAGAUGUAGUGCAGUUUAUUCAUUCGUUCUUUUGUUUAUUUGUUUAUUCAUUCAUUCAUCUUCAUAACCAUUUUAAUCUGGUCUGUUUAACAUGGAUCUGGAGUCUAGCCUUCAUAUAUUAAGAGCAAGGCAGAAAUGCACCCUGAAAGUGAUGCCAGUCCAUACUUAUUUACACCUUGGAGCAAUUUAGUGCAGCAUAGCAUGUUUUUGGGAGGUGGGAGGUAACUGGAGAACCUGGAGGAAACGUACGUAGAGAUGUGGAGAACACAAGCAAUCUAGUGCAGUACAGUUGCCGGAAAAUGAAAUUAUUAGGAUAUCUGCAUUGAUUAAUCAUAAGAUAUUGUUUGGUCACAAUUCUAAAUAAAUACAUUUAAACCAUUACAAAUAAACAACUGUACUUGUUCUUGUCAAUACUGACUAAAUGUUCCCAGCAUUUUUAAAAAAAGACUCUGGGCUAACAAAUGACUUUAAAAGCUAAUUGGCUUCGGGUGUUCUUAGUAAUGAGAUAAGAUUGGAAGCAUGAGUCGUGGAGGUUCUUGAUAAGGCAUUUGUGUGCUGCAGAGACAAAUGAUAAUCAUUUCACAAUAAGACAAGCCGUCUACCAGUAAAGGAAAUUCAGUACUGCUGCUACUCUCCUAAGGAGUAGUCAUCCAGCAGAUUACACCAAGAGCACUGCCGAAGGUGGUGAAAAAUAACCCAGUGGAACUAGCUGUACGGUGUGUAUUGUCUGUGUACACUAUAAAAAAAAUACACAGAAUGAAAAAGGAACAGAUGGAGAAACUCACUGUUCCUUCAGAAAAAUACUUUGCUGGGUAUUUCUAGUUUGCGAAAGAUCCAUCUGGAUGUUUAAUUACAGUGUACAAUGCUUUUUUGUCCUGCAGACAGAUAAAAAACAGCAAAAAAAACACCUUUUAGCUCAUGACCAUGGUGGAGAGUAUGCCAUGGUUUUUGGAUGCUUUGCUGCCUCAGGCCCAAACAAGCCUGCAAUCAUUGUGGGAACAAUAAAUUUCAAAUUGUACCAAGACAUUUUACAAGAGAAUAUUAAAGUAGCAGUCCAUCACCAUAAACUUCAUAAAAUCUGAAUGAUGCAACAAGACAGUGAGCCAAUACCAACAACAGAAUAGUUUGAAAAGAAGAAAAUUCAUGUUUUCUAGCAGCCAAAUCAGUAUAUAGACCUUAAUCCAAACAGGAUGCUGUGGCAUGACCUGAAAUCCCAAAAAUACCGAUGAAAUGAUACAUGUUUAUAUGGAGAAUUUUUUAUGGGUUCAGGCAGAUUAUCUGCCUAAUUUCAGACAGCAUUUUAUGAGUAAUUAAUGCAAGGACCCUGGUUAGUACAUGGGGGUCACAAAAAUGUUUCUUGCAGCUAUAUACAUUGCUCUGCCUUCUAUAUUGGGAACACAUGUACAUGCAAUUAUCCAAUCAGCCUGUUUUGGGGCAGCAGUUCAAUAUCGGUCAAGAGUUGGUGGGCCUGUUUGAGUAUUUCAGAAUAUCCUUGGAUUUUCAUGUUUGACAGUCUAUAACAAACAUCCAGUGAGUAGAAAUUCUGCAGGUGGAAAAGUCUUGUUGAUGAUGGAGGUCAGAGGAGAAUGGUGAGACUGUUUUGAUUUGACAGGAAGACUAUGGUUAUAGCCAAUUUUUACAGCUUGGGUGAAGAUUAAAGUAUCUUAAAAAGCACAGUAUUUUGCAACGUGAAAAGGAUGGGCUGCAGGAAACACUGGCUGGGCCAGGGCAGUUGACCAGGCUGUGCGGUUGACCUGUAUCUGCAGGCAUUUAUGCAUUGUGUUGUUGACAGAUAAUUGGCUGAUUUGUUAAUUACAUGAAUUAGGAGCAGGUGUCCCUAAUAAAUUGCCUGGUAAGUGUUUGUGGUAUAAUAAUGUUUCAGGGAUAAUGUGCUGUAUGUUUUAUCAGUUUGGGCAGCCUGUGCUAGAUGCUUGUUAUCCAUAGACGUUAAUGUCAACUGAUUGGUCUGCUGAUGAAUUUUUCAUGCCAAUUAUUCAUCUUUAAUGUCUUUCUUAAUGCUACUGGUUUGAGUGAUUUUCUUUUGAUCGUACAGAGCUGAUCAUAUAAUCAUACAAAAUAAAUGUGUAAUAAUGUUCCUUUGUUUUUCUUCAUAGCUUGUCAUAUCAGGUACAGACUCUUGUGUACUUUAAAUGGGCCAUAUUCAUGACAACAACAGCAAAGGUUUAUCUUCAGCUGCAAAUGCACAUUUGACAUGUUUUUGUCAGUGUACCAUUUUUCAGGUUAUAAACCUUUCUGUUCUCUCAUCGCUCUGUAUCUCUUUGCUUUGUUUUACAUUUAAUUCAGUUCAUAGCCUUCGUUCUCUUUGACAUCGACAUUCAAAUUGACGUCCAUUAUAUUCUCCAUCCAUCCUUACAUCUUCAACUAUUUUCUACAUCUACACAUUUUGCUCAUCAUGCACAUAUCAUAUAGUGAUGGAACGGAAGAGUCACUACAAAUCAAUACGUGAUUUUGACUGAUCACUUUUGCCAUAUAUGGAACAUUUCUAUCCUGAUAAGAGUUCAGGAAGGCAAUGUCCCCCUCCACAGGGCACAAUGAUUCCCUGAAUAGUGUGACUGAUACGAAAAUAAUGUGACUCAUGUGCUAUAACCUUCAUAGUCACCAGAUCUCAACUCAGUAGAAGGGUUUUGGACCUAAAUACUAGACAGCAUCUCACUAAAUCACAAUCAAAACACCAAUUAAGGGGAGUGUCAUUGGGAUGAAUGAUAGUUAUCCCUGCAGUACUGUUCCAGAGACUUUUCAUCAUCUAUGCCAAGGUGCACUGAAACUGUUCUGAUGGCUUAUGUAAGCUCAACACUUUUUUUCUUUAGUUUUCUAAAUGUUGAACUGCUGUAGUAAUAGACUUUUUUGUUUUCUUUUACAUGAUGGAACAUCUCAGAAAGAUUCCUGCCUCAUUUUUCUGUGCUGUAAUCCUUUCCUCAUCUAUGACUACAGUGUGCAUCUACUCACUUACCACAUGGUUUAGUUACCAUUCCGUAUAACUGCAUAUUCUGUAUAACUCUGUAUUUUUUGGCAUUUUCUUUUUCUUAUUGGGCAGAGGGCUUAACCUUGACAUGCUGGAGAUCUCCAGGUCAAGCAACAAACAUUAUAUUGACACUAAAAUAUCUGUGAAUUUGUACAUAAUCUUUUACAAUAUAAUGUGUGCGUAUUAUACAGUAAUAUGCAUAUAAUGUGCAUUUCUGUCAAUAAUGUGUAUAUACUACAGUUUCACUAUCAUCAAUGUGUCUGAUGUAUGUAAUGGUGUACUGUUUUUGUGUAUUUAUACCAGUGAAUUCACCUGAACCUCUCCUGAGCAGAAAUACUCUCAGCAAUUUAUCUCACAUUAAUACGCUAUAUAUUGUAUUAUCAUUUUUGUGAAACGACUUCUUGGUGCAUUGUGUGCAUGUCUGCUGCUGUAAGGUUGUCAUCAGGCUGUAAACAAGGCACAGUCAUACAAAGACUAACACAUGUCUGUGAAAUUCACAUGUACAUACAUAGCUGUUUGCCAUAGUCCUGUUAUAUAUGUUCGUAAUUAAGUACAAUUAAUGCAUUUGUAAAUAGACUGAAUAAAUAGAGCACCGAAAACAUUAAACAUGAACAUGGCCCUGGGACUGUGACUAGCCACACAAACCUUUACUGAAGUUAUCUCUAUGUGUUUGCAUGGUAUCUUCUCUAAGCCUUAAUAAAAAAAAAACGG